CAUUUAAAGAGAAGGCACUGACGCACAAAUGACGGGUGAGAUCUGCGACCAAACGUUGGUAAUAAUGUGCCGCCUGUAGUGUGAGAAACUACUUUUACAGCAUGAGUUCGGAAGCGGUCAUUCUGUUGGAGACUGUCAACUUCGCUGCUGAAAAGCACCGCAAUCAACGACGUAAAGACGCUGAACAAACGCCAUAUAUCAACCACCCAAUAGGAGUGGCAAGGAUCCUAAGCCAUGAAGGUGGGAUCACAGACAUUGAAGUUUUGCAAGCAGCUUUGCUCCAUGACACAGUGGAGGACACUGACACCAGCAUAGGAGAACUACAGGCCAUCUUUGGGCAAACGGUGGCUCGAAUUGUUCAGGAAGUGACAGAUGAUAAGGCGCUACCCAAGCAUGAGAGGAAACGUCAGCAGGUGGAGCAUGCACCUCACGCCAGCCACCAGGCCAAACUGGUCAAACUGGCUGACAAACUGUACAACCUGAGGGACCUGAACCGCUGCACACCUACAGGUUGGUCGGCAGAGCGUGUUCAGGAGUACUUUGUGUGGGCAGCCCAGGUAGUGAGAGGACUGAGGGGGACCAACCCAGCACUGGAGAGACACCUAGAGGAGCUCUUCAAGCAGAGGGGGGUUGAGCUUUGACACCUCUCUACUUCUGAUACAGGGUGGCACAACAGAGUAACUCUUGAUGCACACUUUUGUAAAGAGUUCAUGUGAAAAGAUUUGAGCAUAUUGUCUUCAUAAUAGGAGCCUUCUCCAUCGAAUAAACUCUUAGCUCUCACAAGGAUUUAUUUUUUAUUGGUAAUUUAUUAUUCAUUCAUUCUACAGUCAUUUGCAUACAUUGUCUGUGGAACAGGCAAACCAUCAAUGUCACCUUGAGUUUUCUCGUAUUGAAUAAAGCAAUGAUAUGCAUAAUUUUGUGAAGAUGAAAGGCUGUUGUGGAAAUUCACCACCAUGUCAUAGAAAUGACCACCAGGGACACUUAAGUCAAUCUUAAAUGAAUGAUCCUUUUAUUAUCAGCGCGCUGGAGAGGUUCCAACUCAAUGCACUAUAGUACACAUGUCAAUCAGGAGCUCUGCUGGGGCAGUCCCAACUGUUGUCUUAUAUACGUCUAUACACAGACAUGUUAUAUUUGCAUAAUUAAUUCAUCAUUACUGUUUUGUUUCAUACAUGUGACCGACCAGUACUGGUUCAUAACAUGUGUCAGACCAGUACUGGUUCAUAACAUGUGACCGACCAGUACUGGUUCAUAACAUGUGUCAGACCAGUACUGGUUCAUAACAUGUGUCAGACCAGUACUGGUUCAUAACAUGUGUCAGACCAGUACUGGUUCAUAACAUGUGACCGACCAGUACUGGUUCAUAACAUGUGUCAGACCAGUACUGGUUCAUAACAUGUGACCGACCAGUACUGGUUCAUAACAUGUGACAGACCAAUACCUCAAGGCUUCUUCUCUCUAAGCCGAGACCUUGAAACUGAGAACUUUUGUUCUUAGAAAAGCACAAACGUUAAACAUUUCCAGCACAGUUACUUUUGUAAAUCAUAGUUUGCAGGACUCAUCUGAAUUCUGAUAUUUGUUGUUUUAUCACCUACAUUGCAUCUGUUGCCUUUUAUAUCAUUAAUACUGACAAUCAAAGAUGGGGUCGUGAAAAUACAUGUCAUAUUUAUCCCCUCAAUAAAAAAAAAUGAAUUACACUUA